AGUUUACAAUUUAAUUACAAUUAAUGGAUCAAAAUGUUAAGAACAUCGACCUCAAGCUCGACAAUGUGGCUGUCUUAACAGCGGGCACUGCGGCGGAAUUCGUGAAUAGCAUCCUAGACUUUCUUCUAUACCAACGCAGCCAGAUCCCCUUCGUUUACAAACUAUAUAAGCAUUGCAUCGAAAAAUGGGACGAUGAGGAUAAGUCAGGCAAGCAGGAAUCAUUUUCCAAUUAUCAGGUCAACCAGCAGCGCAUCAAGGCCAAGGCGACUAGGCAAUCCAUCAGUGACAUGAGAGAGCUCAUACGGCAAGCAUUCAAGUCCUCCAAGGUGAAGAGCCUACGAUUUCUAUUUGGCCCAAAUACUUUCUUGCCCACGGAAGCCUACACUCUGCACAUUCCCCAUGCGUCCGUAACCAGGGAACAUCAUUACGAGAACCAUGCCCUGUCCGAAGGCAGCAUAAAGCAGGCGCUGCUCCGACUCUUGACCUGCAAGGAGCUUUAUACUAUCUUCUCCACACAGCUUAACGCUACGAAUGUGUUUCUGGAACUGGAACUACUGACAACCAACGAACCUGGACUGCACCAGAAACACAAAAGUCUCGUUCAAAAAACAGUCCUGAGUCAAUUGCCGCACAGCUGUAAAAAUGUGCACUUGCACAUCCGGCAUGCAACUGAUAAUCCACUGGUCGAACUGCGAUGCUGCCAGGGGUUGGCCAUAUACCGAGAUCUAGGCCUAAUGCAUCUGGACGAAACUGACGAAGACUGCGGCAAAAAGAUUGAAUGUGGCGAUCCGACUGCGGAACACAGCGGCUGGUGGCAGUCAGAUGUAAUAGUGCGUGGAUUCAAGGUACCACCCAACCAAAAGUCGUGCGAUUUGUGGACCAGCUAAAAUUGUCAGUGCUUUAAUUUUUUCGCCAUUUUGUAUCCAUGUUAGGAAUAAAGUAGCUAAUCAUUUUAUA